GGGAGCGGGCGAGUAGGAGGGGGCGCCCGGCUAUAUAUAUAGCGGCUCGGCCUCCGGCAGCCCAGCGCGCAAACAGGCGCGCACCGCACCGUGGGUCCCGGCUCCCACCCGCGUCCUCCUGCCGCUGCCCGCCGCCCCAUGCAGCCCGGAUAGCGCCCGGCACCCGGGGGCCCCGUCGUUCGCCUCCCGCUCUCCCUCGGCUGCGCGCCCCCUGCCCGGGCUCGGGCCGUGCGCUUCCGCGGGCCGCCACAGACGCAGCUCUGCCCCCGGCUUUCGGGGCGCACGGACCGCCUGACGGACGCACGGCCCUCGGGCCGGGAUGUCGGGGUCCGGGACGGCCACGGCGGCGCUGCUCCCGGCGGUCCUGCUGGCCCUGCUGGCGCCCUGGGCGGGCCGAGGGUGCGCCGCCGCGCCCACCGCACCCAACGGCACGCUGGAGGCCGAGCUGGAGCGCCGCUGGGAGAGCCUGGUGGCGCGCUCGCUGGCGCGCUUGCCGGUGGCCGCGCAGCCCAAGGAGGCGGCCGUCCAGAGCGGCGCCGGGGACUACCUGCUGGGCAUCAAGCGGCUGCGGCGGCUCUACUGCAACGUGGGCAUCGGCUUCCACCUCCAGGUGCUCCCCGACGGCCGCAUCGGCGGCGUUCACGCGGACACCGGCGACAGCCUGCUGGAGCUCUCGCCGGUGGAGCGCGGCGUGGUCAGCAUCUCCGGCGUCGCCAGCCGGUUCUUCGUGGCCAUGAGUAGCAAAGGCAAGCUCUAUGGCUCGCCUUUCUUCACUGACGAGUGCAAGUUCAAGGAGAUACUCCUUCCCAACAACUACAACGCCUACGAGUCCCACCGGUACCCCGGCAUGUUCAUCGCCCUGAGCAAGAAUGGGAAGACCAAGAAGGGGAACCGAGUGUCACCUACUAUGAAGGUCACCCACUUCCUUCCCAGGCUGUGACCCUCCGGAAGAGCCCUGCCUCAGCCUCGGUAAGCCCCCGGGAGGGGAGCGCCGAGGGCCACCUUGGUGCACUUUCUUCGGAUGGAGAGUUGAAUGCAAGAGUAGGUGUAAGAUAUUUAAAUUAAUUAUUUAAAUGUGUAUAUAUUGCCACCAAAUUAUUUAUGGUUCUGUGGGUGUGUUUCGUAUUUUUCUGAAAAAGAACAAAGACAUAAACAAAUGAGAAAACAACUCUGACUAUUCUGUGCGACGGCGGAGAAUCUUACCAUGGGAUUUGUUUAACUUG